AUGAGGCGCAGCCACGCGACCGGAAGGGGCGGGGCGGGGCCGGCGCGCGGCGUCUCCUCAGUGGGGGUGAGGCGGCGGCGGCGGCAGCGACUUGGAGCUCCGCGCUCCGUUCCCGCCGGGCUGGGCCGGGCCAUGUCGGCCAAGCAGGGCGGCCGGCAGCGCCGCCCCGGCAGCCACCCGCACUGUCUGGAGGCGCCGGCGCCCUUCGGGGCCGGCCUGGCGGGCGGCGAGGCCGAGGCGCUGCUGCCGCCGCCCGAGCUGGGCCCGCCGGUAGCAGCGGCGCCGCGGGGGUGCCGCGCGGAGCUGGGCAGCGUGCUGCUGCUGCUGGCGCUGUACGUGCUGCAGGGCGUGCCGCUGGGGCUGGCGGGCAGCGUGCCGCUCAUCCUGCAGAGCCGCAGCGCCAGCUACACGGAGCAGGCCUUCUUCAGCCUCGUCUUCUGGCCCUUCAGCCUCAAGCUGCUGUGGGCGCCGCUGGUGGACGCCGUGUACGUGCGGCGCUUCGGCCGCCGCAAGUCGUGGCUGGUGCCCACGCAGUACGUGCUGGGGCUCUUCAUGAUCUGCCUGUCCCGCCGCGUGGACGCGCUGCUGGGCGACGGCCAGGGCCGCGGCCCCGACGUGGUGGCGCUCACCGCCACCUUCUUCCUCUUCGAGUUCCUGGCGGCCACGCAGGACAUCGCGGUGGACGGCUGGGCGCUCACCAUGCUGUCCCGGGAGAACGUGGGCUACGCCUCCACCUGCAACUCGGUGGGCCAGACGGCCGGCUACUUCCUGGGCAACGUCCUCUUCCUCGCCCUCGAGUCGCCCUCCUUCUGCAACAAGUACCUGCGCUUCCAGCCCCAGCCCCGGGGCAUCGUCACCCUCUCAGAUUUCCUGUUUUUCUGGGGAGCUGUCUUCUUGAUUACCACCACGCUUGUUGCCCUUCUGAAAAAGGAAAACAAAGAAUUAACACCAACAAAGGAAGAGACAAAAGGCAUCACCGAUACAUACAAGCUGCUCUUCUCAAUAAUCAAGAUGCCAGCAGUUCUCACGUUCUGUCUCCUGAUUCUCACAGCGAAAGUUGGAUUUUCAGCAGCAGAUGCUGUAACGGGACUCAAAUUGGUGGAAGAAGGAGUACCUAAAGAGCACUUGGCUCUGCUGGCCGUUCCAAUGGUUCCUGUACAGAUCAUACUGCCUCUCAUUAUCAGCAAAUACACAGCAGGCCCCCAGCCGCUGAACACCUUCUACAAAGCUAUGCCUUUUAGGUUACUGUUUGGACUGGAAUUUGCUUUUUUGGUAUGGUGGACUCCUAAAGUCAAACAUGAAGGAGGAUUUCCUGUCUACUACUAUGUCGUAGUAUUGUUGAGUUACGCUUUACAUCAGAUCACGCUGUAUAGCAUGUACGUUGCAAUAAUGGCUUUCAACGCCAAGGUGAGCGAUCCGCUGAUCGGAGGGACCUACAUGACGCUCCUAAAUACAGUGUCGAACCUGGGAGGGAACUGGCCAUCCACCGUUGCGCUCUGGCUCGUUGAUCCGCUCACGGUGAAAGAGUGCGUGGGGGCCCAGGACCAGGCCUGCGGAACCCCAGCUGCUGCAGAGCUCUGCACGAAAGCCGGCGGUUCCUGCGUUACUACCUUGGAUGGCUACUACGUGGAAUCUGUCAUCUGUGUCAUUCUGGGGUUUGCCUGGUGGUUCCUAUUCGGGCCCAAACUAAAAAAGCUGCAGGAUGAAGGGCAGUCUUCGUGGAAGUGCAAGAGGACCAAUUGAUGCGAUGGGAAUGUUGGACGGACUAGCCAGGUUGUUUUAGUUUUAUUACAGAGACACAUCCCAUAACCAAUGAACAGGAGUAUAGGUAUUGCAAAUGCCAAGCUGCUGAAAAAAAGGUGGCUGAGACAGUGGUAUGUGCAAAUGUGAUACCACUUGCCUGCCCAAAAUGAGAACACAAGUUGAGAAAGUAAUGAGAAACGGCCCCUGUGUACGACGUGUCCCCAUGCUCUAGCUUCAGAGCCAUGGCUUCUGAUACAACCAACAGCCAAACUUUCCAUCCAGUAACUAUGGAGAAGCUGCUGGUGCCACGGUUACCGAAACAGCAGCAUUGUCAGCGGAGUUCCAACUCUUCAUUUCUGAAUGGGCAGCUUCGGUGCGGGCAGCUGACCUGGGGAAGGAUGUGGAAGGCGUUUUGACUCGUAGGUGAAGCACAUUGUACUGCGGAAUUCAUCGUGGGAAGAUAAAUGUAAAAUGUCCGUGGGCUUUGUUUCUUCUCACUUCCCGGACUGUACCCGCAUUUCAAAGGAUGAAAUAAUGUUUCAGAGAUUCUUUUAAAUGUAUUUUCAAGCUUUUAUAAGCUUUAAAGAUUUAUAAGAGAAUAUUUUUAUAAACAAAGUUAGAUUUAAUUUAUUUCCUCUGUUUCAAAGCAUUUUGAUUUACAUUCAGGAUUCUUUCUUGAAAAAUUGAUGUAAAGGAGGACUGAAGAGUAACGCACAAUACUCUGAGCAUUGAGUCCUGAAGGUGUUAUCGGCGUAGUGCAGCAGCUAGCGCACAAAACACAGGCUUUGAAAGGAGAAGGCAAGCGGUCCUUCUGGAGGCAGUUGUCGUGAUGGAAUGAAGUGGUAAUGCUGGUUCCUCUGUCACUAAAAUUUGAACAGAUUAAAGAUCAGUGUGAGGAAAAAAUGCCUCUCUUUCCAGCCAGGGGCAAGAAAAGAUCAGUGCCUUUGUAAUGACUUGGUGACGACAAACUUGCCAAAUUCCCAGUGAGUUGAUGUACAACUUGCUGCUGCGUAGUGCAAACGAGUUACAUCCUGUGGUAGAGCUGCUAUAGAAAUUUAUUACUGAUCCUUUGUAGUGGAAAUUCCCUGUUGCAUUUAUCAAGAAUGACUUCUUCCCGGAGUGCCUUAGUGAUGUACAGCAAGUACACUGUACGCCUAGAGAAGGGCACUUGUGUAUUGGUGGAUGUAUAUCGUACAUCAUUAUUAAAAACAUAUAAAAACAC